AGCAUCAACAUACUUUUCUUUGUUUAUCAGUGUCGUUUGUCGUUGACUCAGCAUAAUACACACGUACUGUGAAUUGUGUAUUAUAUUGCAAAAUAACAUCAAUUCAGUUGUAAUUUUCAGUUCGCGGACUGGGAGUGGUCCUGUUAUGCGUAGUUGAUUAUUGGCGAAUCACAAGCUUGCAAUCUUCCAUGCGGAAAAACGCAGAACACCGUAACAGCCUAGGAAGCGGACUUGAGGAGUCACAACCAACUGUCAGUCAACAAGUUUAAAGUAGGCUCUUGUUACUUUAAAACGCAGAAUUGGGUAUGCGCAAACUGUAGGCUGGCUCCUGGAGACGUGUGGAUCCGAAUAGAGAAUACGUGGUAUUAUAACCAUUAGAGAAAAUGACACUCCAAGCAACAUUUUACCUAUGUUUUUUCUUAUUCUUUUGUGAUAAAACGAUUUGUUUUGGAACUUGCGCAUCAACUACAUAUUCCGGUAACGACACCUUCACCAUACAGCAUGUGAGCACAGGGAAGUGCCUGGUAGCUACGUCCACGUCUGGGACUGGAGUUUCCGGGAUAGCAGGGGCUAAGUCUGGAGGGUCCGGGUUCAACGUGACCCUGGGGGAGUGUGACGGCACCAGGGGGUCCCAGUGGAAGUGGGGGUCCGGCCACCGUCUCUUCCACGUGGGCACGUCCCAGUGCUUGGGUCUGGAGGAGAAGACCAAGGCCCUGUCUCUGUUCAGCUGUAGCCCCAUGGAGAACACCAUGCUGUUGUGGCGCUGCCUGGACGGGGCCGUCUAUACGGUAGACCAGAUGGGCCUCACGGUGACCGACGGGCUGGUCAGUGCCAAGCGUGACUCCUCAGACGCCUGGAGGAGGGAUGAGUCGACCGAUAAUAUCUGCCAGCGGCCGAUGCGCAUUGUCCACACCACCAAUGGGACGUCGACCGGGGAGCCCUGUGAGUUUCCCUUCCACUACAACGGCAGCUGGUUCCACGAGUGCCUCCCCGACGACCAAUCACCUGGACUAUACUGGUGUUCCACAACCUCCGACUUUGACGCUGACAAAAUAAUGGGAUAUUGUUUAAAACAUGAGGAAGGCUGCAAGGCCCUGUUUGAUGGCCCUGAGGAGGGACCCUGUUAUGAGUUUGUGUCCCAGGUCGCGGUGACAUGGCAGGAAGCGCUGGACUCUUGUCGCAGCCAGGGAGCUGACCUGCUCAGCGUCUCCAGCUCAGAGGACCAAGCCUUCCCCAUCUUGGACGUGGCCCAUAACAGCAGGCCAGACAGGAUGUGGAUCGGCCUACACCAGCUGGACUCGUCUCAGGGCUGGCAGUGGUCAGACGGCUCACCCCUCAACGACGUGCGCUGGGACGACGGGAUGCUACACACAUCGAUCCUUAGGGAGUCAGACUGUGGAUUCAUGAAUUCGAAAAACUACUACGAGAGUGAGAUCUGCGAUAAAAAACUUCCCUACAUCUGUAAGAAAAACGUCAACGUCACCCAGUCGGUAGCAACAGAGCCUUUGGUGUAUAAAUCCACCAUAUGUGACGAGGGCUGGGCCCCUUGGAACAUGUUCUGUUACAAGCUGGUGACGGAUGAACCAAAGAUGUUUGAUCAGGCCGAAAAUUACUGUAAGACCAUCGGAGGAGGCCUGGUCAGUCUACACAGCCUGGACAGCAUGGAGAUGAUCAGCACUCAGUUCCAUGCAGGUACACCGCACACUCAGGGAAACCAAUCACGGGAUGUGUUGGGUGUGUGGAUCGGUCUGAACGGGACGGGGAACCCAGCCAUCCUUAGCUGGGUUGACGAGACACCUGUCUCCUUCACCUACUGGGACAGGAAUCAUCCUAUCCAACCCUCAGGACACUCUCACUGUGUCUACUACUUUGGAGAGUCUCAUGGCUGGAGGGUUGGGAGCUGUACCCAGGAGCUGCCUUUCAUGUGUCAGAAGAAAGGAGAGGUGAACGAGUCUUCUACGACAGGAUGCCCUCCUGAAGGGGACUGGAGGAGACAUGGGAACUCGUGCUACAAAGUGGACUCUAAAGAAGUGUCGUUCAGGGACAGGUGUGACCUCACCAUAAACAACAGGUUUGAGCAGGCCUUCAUCAAUAGACUCCUUGCAGAAGAGAUCAACGUAAAGAGACAGUAUUUCUGGACGGGCCUCCAGGACAUAAAGACUUCAGGGGAGUACCAGUGGGUCGCUCAGGAUGGCUCGGAAACCAACGUCACAUACACCAACUGGGGCGUGUUUGAACCAGCCCUAGCAGGGGGCUGUGCAGUGAUGUCCACAGCCAAUCCUCUGGGUAAAUGGAUGGUAAAGAACUGCACCAUGUUUAAAGCUGGCUCCAUCUGUAAGAGAGACAUCGCCGCUCCACAGCCCCUAGAGCCUGAGCCUGACCCUAACCUCCCCUGUCCCGAUGGAUGGACAUCCAGGCCUGGCAUUUCCUACUGCUACAAGGUGUUCCACGAGGAGAGGCUGAGUCGUAAGCGGUCCUGGGAGGAGGCAGAGAGGUUCUGUGAGGCCCUGGGGGCCCAUCUUCCCAGCUUCAACCACCCACAGGAGAUGAAAGCCCUACACUAUGUUAUGAGAGACUCCAUCAGUGAUGACCGGUUCUUCUGGGUGGGGCUGAACAGGAGAAACCCAGCUGCUGGUUCCUGGGAGUGGAGCGACAACAGGCCUGUGUCCAUGACCAUUUUCCCCCAAGAGUUCCACGAGGAUGACGAGUACAACCGGGGCUGCACAGCCUUUAAGACACUGAAAGGAACCUUAAAGAGUUUUUUUGUCUUCCUGAUGCAUGAAUUCCCUCCUCUGCCGUUCUACGCCACCCCAUUCCACUGUGACGUCAGGCUGGAGUGGGUCUGUCAGAUCCCCCGUGGAAAAACUCCAGAGAACCCAGAGUGGUACAAUCCUGGUGGGCACCAUGAGACAUCCAUAUUCAUUGACGGUAACGAGUUCUGGUUUGUGACGGAACCAAAGCUGCCAUACGAGGAGGCUAGUUUGUACUGCAACAGCAACGGCAGCAAGCUGGCAGCACCACAAAGCUCCAAUGCAGCCAUACAGAUCCAUAAUAAUCUGCCACAGAUGUCGGCAGGGAAGCAGAGCUGGUGGGUGGAUGUAAGAGACGCUGGACACUACUUCCCCAUAAGGUUACCCCUUAUGCAAAACUACCAGGCUACGUUCCUGGGCAGGUGUACAACCAUCAGUGACAAGAACAUCUUCCCAGAGUACGAGUACAGCUGUGAGCUGCAGCUGCCAUUCGUGUGUGAGAGACACAACACCACGGCUAUAGAGACCCACUCUGGAGAGCCUCACCCCGAUGGUCUGCCCUGUGAGAGCGGCUAUUUACGCUUCAGGGACAAGUGCUACGUGGUGAUCACGCCUCUGUACGUUACUUUUCAACACGCCAACGAGCAGUGUCAGUCGAUGAGAGGCACUCUACUCACUAUCACAGACCAAGUUGAACAGGACUUUGUGACCUCCCUGUUGCCGGCGCAGCCCCGUAAGACAUGGAUUGGCCUGAAGCUCAAACAGCAGGACCCAGAGUGGGUGGAUGACUCCCCGGUCUCCUACCUCAACUUUAACCCCCUGCUUCAUGGCCUACUCAGGCCCAUGCUUGUCAAAUUUCAUGACCCAGAGAGCAUGGAGCUGUGUGUCUUCAUGUUCAACGACCCCAACUCUGCUAUGAUGGGCUCCUGGGACUACACCCCCUGCUCUGACCAGCAGCAUGUGGCCAUCUGCCAGCACUACGCAGACAAGCCAGAGGUGCCCCAGUUCCAGUUGGAGCCGUUCCAGGUCAACAAUCACACCUUUAAGCUGCUUCAGAAGAACAUGACGUGGCACGAGGCUCUGGUGGAGUGCAGGAACCAGAACAUGGACCUGGCCAGCGUAGCCGACACCCUGCAGCAGUCAGUCCUCACCGUGCACGUCACCCGCGCACGCAGCCCCAUGUGGAUCGGCCUCUUCAGCGCAGACAUUGGUGUCCACUACCGCUGGACAGACCACAGUCACACGGUGUUUAGUCGCUGGUCCUCAGAGCCCACCGUUGGACACUGUGUCUUCCUGGACACGGACGGCUUCUGGAAGGCUACAGAGUGUACGGAGCAGUUGGCAGGGGCUAUCUGCCAUGUUCCACACGAGAACGUCACCACCCAUGAGGACAACGCUGUGAACUGUCCUCACAAGAGCAGCGGACCAAACUGGAUCCCCUUCAAGAACAACUGCUACACCUUCCAACUGGCAUCGUCCAGAUGGGAAGAGUUUGGCAAGGGCCAGAUACUUCAGACAUGCAAGAAACUGGCUCCUGAUGCAGACAUGCUGACCAUCAGGAACGAAGUGGAGAAUGAGUUUGUGAAGGAGCAGCUGCUUCCCUUCAAAGACCUGGUGCAGUUUGUCUGGCUCGGGGUGUUCAACGAUGACAACGAUAACCAGAUGAAGUGGUAUGACGGUACCAACGUCCAGUACUCUAACUGGGUCGAUGGAAGACCAAGCUUCUCAGCCAGCGAUGAGUUUAUGGCAGGUCUCAACACUGACGGAGUCUGGAAGAUAUUCACUAACAAACACCACUUCAGUCCCUUCAAGCAGAGAAGCAUCGUGGCCUGCAAACUGGAUAAAGACUCUAAGGACCAAUACAAUCAGUCGGCCAGGGACUUUGAGCGCUAUGGCAACCUGAGCUACCACGUGAUAACCAGGAAGUUGAGCUGGUUCCAGGCCCUGGAGGAGUGUGGCCGUGGCAACGGACACCUGGCCAGCGUGCAUGGCACCAGGCACAACGCUCACAUAGAGCUUAUCGCCAAGCGAGACGGCUUCCCGCUGUGGAUCGGUCUGUCCAGUCAUGAUGCUAGUGGCUCUCAGUCUUAUGAGUGGUCUGAUGGGACUAAGUAUCACUACAGUCAGGCAGGACUCUCUGACACGGUUGUCACGUCCAGCUCAGACCCUCAGAGUGUCUGUGUGUACAUCACUCCCCAUGGCACCUGGAUGAGAAUGGACUGCAAUGCCAAGCUGGACGGAGCCAUCUGCUACAACACAACCAUCACCACCCCCACUCAGAGAUCGAACCUCGCAGCUCCCCAGGUGGCCAACAACUGCCCUCAGAACAGUGGCUCUCAGAACAGUGGCUCUAAGUGGGUUGAGCACCAGGACCACUGCUAUGCUUUUGACAUGACCUUCUAUAACUACUCUGUGUACAGCAUGGAGGAUGCCAAGAGCAUCUGUGAAAGGCUUGAUGCACAGCUGCUGACCAUAAUGACCAGAGAGGAGAAUGACUUUGUCUCUGGCUACAUGGCAGACAACCCUCUCAUCACCAGUAGGGUGUGGCUCGGCAUGGACCUGGACAAACAAGGUCAGCCAGUGGGCUGGGUGGACGGUUCCUCUCUGGCCUUCUCUAACUGGGAGACCAAGGGUUCUGCUAGUGGGGUGAAGACAGUGACCCAGCAGAACCCCUGUGCUGUCAUGGUGUCUGCAGACGGAGGCAUCUGGAGCAGAGUCAGCUGCGAGGACAGCCACAGCCGCAUCGUCUGCAAAGUGCCCGCACGGUCAGGGAGUGCCCCGGUGGUGCUGGUCUUCUUCCUGGUCGUCCUCACCUCUCUCCUGGCGGCCAUCGGCUUCGUCGUUUAUAAGAAGAGCAGGGCCAGAUUCAACUCCACCGUGCGCUACAGGAGAACCAUUGAUGAUGCUGACAGCACUAGUAUUAUGGAUGCAGAGUGAGACUUGUCUUGACUUCAUCUAUGCAGUUUAAAGAAGCAGUUAUGUGCCUACAGUAUAGAAAUAUUAUAAUCAAGCAAACUGAAACCUGGCUUCCGUUUCAUUUAAUUUAUUUGUAUAAAUUCCCAAGCAGUUUUUUUUAGUAUUUUCUGCGAUAUUGUAAAUAUUGGCAAAAGGAUUGUGAAAGUCCCCAAACGAGCAUUUGUUUUGUUGAACUGUGAUUUUAAAGAAAGAGCUGCCACAUUGAACAGUUGCUGCAGGGUUGGACUUUGGGUUGAUGAAAAAGACACUGGAUACGUGAUGCUUGUCAGGGUAUUUUUCCUUCUCGAAGCACUGAUGUUUUUCUCUGUUUUCACUCUUGUGAUUAUUUUUGUGAUUAUUUUGUAAUGGAGGAAGACGUGCUUUUGAUGGUCAUCGAACGAAAGAAGAAACAACUGCAUCAUGUUAUUAAUAGAACUAUAAUCUUUAUUAGCUUGGCAUAGCUUCAUAAUUUCUUACAAUUAUUUAGUCUAAUACAUGUUGUCGAGCUAAUGCAGUCCAACACAGACGUUCUUAGAGAAUUUGGAUAGUGGCAUGCAUUCUCAUUUGCCAUUUCAACUACAAGCAAUUCAUCCCAACUGUAAAUGCCAUUGAUGCAUUGGUUUCUGUUUUGUCAUUAUGACUGUAACCUCCCUCUCCUAUGCACUCAAACUCCUGAGAACAUUUGCACUUUAAAUUGAAAUGUUUUGUGAAUAAUGCCUUUAGCAGUUGUUUCUGCCAUCUUCAAGCACAAUAGUUGUCUUGUUUGAGUAUACGUUUUUGGGGUGUUAAUUUGUGGUUAACGUUUUCAAAGGUCGCGACUGGCUGAGGCCUCAAACUGCACACACAGCUGCUGUAAAUGCUUUGUAAAUAUUUACAUUUUAUUUUAUGGAGAAUCUAAACCAAAGAUUUUUUUUUUUUUUUUUAAAUCUUGUGAAUGUUAAUAACCUGGACAUUCCUCUAGACUUUAUUUGGAUCUGCCUUGCAACAAUGCUUGUUAACUAGGAUUACCAUUCUCAAAUGUUCCAACAGUCAUAUUUACAUUGGUCCCAAGCAGACCAUCCACUCUGGUCAAAUAUGGUUAUGGUCUUUUAAUAAAAUAAGUUUGUCUUUAA